UGCUGUAUGGGCUUAUCUGAGACUAAUACAGUGGGGGGAAAACAGUAAAGCUAGUCUCAGUCAGGCAGAGCUACGGGCACAUGGCCAUCUGUCUAUUCUGUGAAUACAGCUGACAACAAAGGAGGGCAAUUCUUCAUUACCGGACCAUACAGCCACUGGACACUCACACACUCACUCACAUUGUUGGAGAAACAAGGCAAACAAGAGGGGAAAAGCAACUGAGUGACACCAACCUUCUGCCUCAACCUCAAUCAGCCCAGCAGUUCAUCCAGAGUAAAAUGGCGACAGAGAGAGAGGUCUGCUUAAUUCAUAUCUCAUAGCCCGUUGUCUGAAAGUGUGAAGUGUCCAGAUCAUCAAGAAGUAUGAAUAUGAAUGAGAAAGAGGUUGCUUUGUGGUCUGAGGGAGGGCUAAAUGUCACUCUCACCAUCCGCCUACUAAUGCAUGGAAAGGAAGUGGGCAGUAUCAUUGGGAAGAAAGGGGAAACUGUCAAGAAAAUGAGAGAAGAGAGUGGAGCACGUAUUAAUAUAUCCGAUGGCUCCAGCACAGAACGGAUCGUCACCAUCACUGGUGCCUCUGAGGUCAUCUUCAAAGCUUUUGCCAUGAUUGCAGAGAAGUUUGAGGAGGAUAUACUGGCCUGCAUGGUGAACAGCACAGUGUCAAGCAGACCUCCUGUCACGUUGCGCCUUGUGUUCCCUGCCAGUCAGUGUGGCUCACUUAUCGGCAAAGGAGGCUCCAAAAUCAAAGAGAUCAGAGAGACCACAGGUGCACAGGUGCAGGUAGCUGGAGACUUACUACCAGAGUCUACUGAGAGAGCAGUGACCAUCUCUGGCACCCCCAAUGCCAUCACACAGUGUGUGAGACACAUCUGUACCAUCAUGCUGGAGUCACCGCCUAAAGGAGCAACAAUUCCUUACCGGCCCAAGCCAUCCUCUGGUGGCAAUCCCACAGUUUUAUCCCAACCACAUACAGCUCCUACUUUUGCUGUUCCAGCGCAGUACACCAUUCCUCCCCAAGACUUGACCAAGCUUCACCAGUUGGCUAUGCAGCAUAUCCCCUUUACCUCCCUUGGGCAGAGCAACCCUGCCUUCCCUGGUCUGGAUAUGUCAGUUUCACCAAGCUCUCAUGAGCUGAGCAUACCUAAUGAGCUCAUAGGCUGCAUUAUUGGCAGACAAGGCACUAAGAUCAAUGAAAUUCGCCAGAUGUCUGGAGCCCAAAUCAAGAUAGCCAGUGCCACAGAUGGUUCAGCAGUACGUCAUGUCACCAUUACUGGCUCCCCAGCCAGCAUCUGCCUGGCUCAAUACCUCAUCAGUGCCAGUUUAGAGAUGGCUAAACUCAGCAUCCAGGCUGCCUCCUCUUCCUCCAGCACUACUGUUGAUCUCGGCCUGAGUUUCUCCCAGUCUGCCUCUCCUGCCUCUGCCUCUGCGGCCAUGCUGGCUGCCCCCUCGGCCAUUAAUGUCCACUCACCCCCGGCCAUGCCCUCCAUCCCUACUACCCACUAUGCUCUUCCAGUCUCCAGCCUGCUUGGCAUGAAAACUGUGCCUCUGCUGGCCGUGCACGCUGCUGCCUCGCCGGGCCUCACUCCCUACACCACAAAAAUCCCUGCCUCAGCCACCAUCAAAAAAGCAGAGCAUCAGAGGUUCGCCCCCUACUGACCACCACUGACAAUCUUUCAUUUACAUGUUAUGUUUUCUGGUUUUUUUUGACAGCUUUGAAGAUUUUGUCCUCUUUUGUACAUUUCUGUACAAUAUUAUGCAAAUGAACAGGACACAAAUGAAAUGCAUCUCAUAUAAUGCUGCAUUUCCUUUGGCAUUUCAUUUAGAAAUGUUUCAGAUAGUAAUAUCAAGCCAUAUAUUUUUCUGACACUCCAUUCCCCCCUUCAAAACCAUAACUAAUGUGAUUAUUGUUACAGCAUAUUGAUUUUGAAACCUUGCUCAAACUUAUUAAGGUAGUCAAUUACAUGCAAUUUUAGUACAUGCAUAUACGUACAUGAUCUUUAAAUUUUUUUUUUUUCAAAAAGUACAAAUCCUUUGUUUUUACUUAGUCUCAAAUAGUCACAUUGAGUCUCUUUUACUGAAUAUAUCACCUGUGCUAGGUGCUUAAAAGCAGGAAAUUAAAAUUUUAAUUAAUUUAGGUCAAAAAUACAAAUAUUAGUCCCAUAUAAUAUUCAACUAUGCAAAAUAUUCAUGGUUGUAGUGACAUGAGGAAAUGAGCUACAUGUAUGUAAAUGACAGUGUAUUAUGGUUAUUUGUGAUUUUAUUGUGUAUUUUCUUGAUGUUUCUAUUGUUUCCAGUUAACUGUAACUAUGUACAAGUUAAAAGUUUCACUAGGACUGUAAUGGAGCAGAGGUGGGAUGCGUCACUGGCAGAAAAUGGGUUAUAUUUGUGUUAUAAGUAUUAUGAACCAUAGUAAUUUGCUGUAGUCCUUUGGCCCUGAUGGUGUACAUCUUUCCUCGACUUUAUGUAGAAGUAGCUGGCCUGAGGCCUCUUUAGUCAUGCUGACAUGCUGCAGCUUCUCAUUUUUCCUUCUGGACUAUUCCCAAGCCAUAUGCUGUUUUUGAGUUCUCAGUAUUAUUCAUUAGUCCAAGGUUUGAUUAUAUGAAAACUGACAAAGUGUAAAGUUUACUAAACUUCACUGGAAAAAAGAACUAUGACUAGUCUAUUUACUGUUUUAUGUAUUUUCAUAUUCACUAUUUGAUGGUUAUACAUAUGUGUUAGGCUAUUUUUGAUAACAUUCUCCACUUCUUUCUCAUAAAUGUUGGACUUCACACUUUUCACUUAACACUUAAAUGAAAAGUGUUAACAAAAAUUACCAGUGGUGUAUCUCAGGGGUUGUUCCUGGGCCCUAUAUUGUUCUCUUUGUACAUGCUUCUCCUUGGGUUCAUUUGUUUCAUAAAUUAUUUCCUACCAUUUUAAUGCUGAUGACACACAGUUGUAUCUCCCAUUGAAACCUGUUGAUAAUGGCUCUCUGCAAAAUCUCUUUGACUGUAUUACAGAUAUUAAAUGCUGGCUGUCUAAAAACUUUCUCUAGUUAAAUAAUGACGAAACAGAAAUCAUUAUAUUUGGUAAUCCAGACUCCACAAGAACUGUAGUUGACCAACUGUGGCCUUCGUCAAGUAUUAUACAAAGCUAAAAAAUCUUGGUGUUAUUUUCGACUCUGAACUGAAAUUUGACAAACAGGUAAACUCAGUUGUGAGAGGAAGCUUUUUUCAAAGGAGAACUAUUGCCAAAGUAAAUGUAUGUUGUCAUUUAAUCAUCUGGAGAUUGUUAUUUAUGCUUUUAUUUCUUCUCAAAUUGAUUAUUGCAAUUAACUCUACAUGGGACUCAACCCUGUCCCAUCUUCAACUGGUCCAAAAUGCAGCUGCUCGGCUCCUUACUGGCACCAGAAAGAGAGAACACAUCUCUCCUGUCUUGGCCUCACUUCUCUGGCUGCCAGUCAAGCCCAGAACAGUUCAAGGUUUUAUUAUUCGUUUUUAAAUCACUGCAUGGCUUGGCACUGAUUCACAGUCCCCUCCAAACAUAUUGGAACAGCAAGGCUAAUUCAUUCGUUUUUGCUAUACACUGAAGACAUUUGAAUUUCAGAUCAAAAGAUGAACAUGAGAUCAUAGAUCAGAAAUUCAGCUUUCAUGUCCUAAUAUUUACAUCUAGAUGUGUUAAACAGCUUAGAACAUGGCACCAUUGGUGGCAGACCGCCCAAUUAUUAGGUGAGCAAAAGUAUAGGAACAGAUAGACUUAAAGUAAAUUAAAGUAAAUAACAAUAUUUGGUUGCCGGCCACCCGCUGACAUCACCAAACUGUUGCAUUCUUCUUUUGUGAUGCUUUCCCAGGCUUGUACCACAGCUUCUUUCAGUUGAUGUUUGUUUUGGGUGGUUUCUCCCUUCAGCCUCCUCUUCAGGAGGAGAAAUGCUGCUCAAUUGGGUUACAGUCUGGAGAUUGACUUGGUAAGUCUAAAACCUUCCACUUUUUCCCUUGAUGAGGUCCUUUGUUGUGUUGGCAGUGUGUUUUGGGUCAUUGUCUUCCUGAUGAAGUUCCUCCCAUUUAGAUUGGAUGCAUUUCUCUGUACGUUGGCAGACAGAAUGUUUCUGUAGACUUCUGAAUUCAUUCUGCUGCUACCAUCAUGAGUUAAAUCAUCAAUAAAGAUUAGUUAGCCUGUUCCAGAGGCAGCCAUGCAAGCACAAGCCAUGACACUGCCUCCACUGUGCUUGACCGAUGAGCUUGUAUGUUUUGGAUCAUGAGCAGAUCAUUUCUUUCUCCACAAUUUGGCCUUUUCAAUACUUUGGUAGAGUUUAAUCUUGGUUCCAGAACUUUUGUGGUUCUUGUGGUAUCUUUUGGUAUGGUCUCUAUAUUUCAGCUCUUAAAGCCUUUUUCAAACAGUGGAUUGUGAUACCUUCACCCCUGCCCUGUGGAGGUUGUUGGUGAUAUCACUGAUUGUUGUUUUGGGGGUUUUCUUCACAGAUCUCACAAUGUCUCUGUCAUCAAUUGCUGUUGUUUCCCUUAGCCGACCUGUUUGAUGUCUAUUUUUUAGUACACCAGUGGUUUCUUUCUUUUUCAGGGCAUUCCAAAUUGUUGUAUUGGAUAUGCCCAAUGCUUGUGCAAUGGUUCUGACUGAUUUUCCCUCUUUUCUCAACAUAUUAAUUUUCCCAGACAUUUGAAGGUCUUUAAGAUCUGUAGUAUCGGGUCUUCUGUUUUGACCUGUCUUUUAUCUGUGGUUUUGUCUUUUAAUGUUUUUGUUUCUCCUUUGAUUUACUGCUUUAGUUUUAUUCUUUUUAUUCUUUUAUUUGAAAUUUUAUUUGUCUUUUAUUUCAUUGGUUAGAUUUAGCUGAGAUGAUGUACAGCACUUUGGCCGACACUCACUGUUUUUUAAAUG